GGAGCAAUCUGUCAACCGAUCCAGGGAGCCACCUCAAAACAGAUCGGGUUACUUUUGACCGACAGGCGCCGUCGCCAUGGCAAAUAAUUUGAUUAGAACUAUUGUCUUCUCCUCGGCAGCCCCCCGGGUCGGGUAACCGGGCCAAUCACGGCGCGGCUAAUCACUUUUUCAUGCUCGUUUGGAAUAAUAUUAUUGGGAAAGAGGAAGAAAGAGAGAGCGAGAGGGAAGGAGGAGGAAGAAAAGAAGAAGAAGAAGAAAAAGGGGGAGGAGGAGGAGUGGAAGAGGAGAGCCGGCAAAAGAGAAAGGAGAGGAGAGAGGAGACGAAGAAGAGGUGGAGACCAAGGAGAAGGGGGAGCUACGGGACUCCUCGGGGCGACGUUACAUGUAAGCGAUCCUAUCGCGGAAGGGAUCUGAAGGGAGGAGGAGGGGGGAAGGAGAGAGUGGGGGGGGGGGUUAAGAGAAACUUCACAAGUGGCGGAGAAGCUUGGAAAGUUCCGCUGUUUCUCUCUCGCAAAGUUGCUGCUCGGAACUUUGGGACUUACAAAAACCCAUAAAGAAGAUUCAAAGAAGAAGGGAGAAAGAAAAGAAGAGGCGAAACAAAGUGAAAGUGGGAGUUCAGCGGCCGCCUGGGAUUUCGGCUCCAAUCGAAGACUCGACUCUACGCCCGGCAGGACUGAGCCCGAGGGUUCCAUUUGCAAAUUAGCAGCUAAGCGCGCUCUGUGGUUGGCUGCCCCCCGGCGAAGCCCUUUCCUCAUUGGCAGAGACGCGCCCGACUGCCCCCAUUCUCGGGCUUUGGUGAAGAUUCCAUGCCCAACGGGGUUUUACCCGAGGGGUCCAUUUGCUGGUGAGGAUUCUACGACUGGCGGGACUGUGCCCGAGGGUUUCGUUUGCAAAUUAGCCUCCGGGCGCGCUCUGUGGUUGGCUGGCCCCGGGAGAAGCUCUUUCCCUAUUGGUGGCGGCGCGCCUCAGUUGCCCUCUUCUCUGCGUUCUACCGCCUCCCCGCGGUUGCCCCAGGGCGCUUGGGGGUUUGUCUGAGGACGUCCGCGCCCUUUAAUCCGGGACAGAUGCGCUAAGAGAGGGCGGAGGCAGCCGGAGCGGGGCCUAGGGCGGCCCCCACCCACCGAGGCCACCCCACCCACGACCAUGUCCAUGCUGCCCACGUUUGGCUUCACCCAGGAGCAAGUGGCGUGCGUGUGCGAGGUGCUCCAGCAAGGCGGCAACAUCGAGCGCCUGGGCCGCUUCCUGUGGUCGCUGCCGGCCUGCGAGCACCUCCACAAGAACGAGAGCGUCCUCAAGGCCAAGGCCGUGGUGGCCUUCCACCGGGGCAACUUCCGCGAGCUCUACAAGAUCCUGGAGAGCCACCAGUUCUCGGCCCACAACCACCCCAAGCUCCAGCAGCUCUGGCUCAAGGCGCACUACAUCGAGGCCGAGAAGCUGCGCGGAAGGCCGCUGGGCGCCGUGGGCAAGUACCGCGUCCGCCGCAAGUUCCCGCUGCCCCGCUCCAUCUGGGACGGCGAGGAGACCAGCUACUGCUUCAAGGAGAAGAGCCGCAGCGUGCUCCGGGAAUGGUACGCCCACAACCCCUACCCGUCGCCGCGGGAGAAGCGCGAGCUGGCCGAGGCCACCGGGCUCACCACCACCCAGGUCAGCAACUGGUUCAAGAACCGACGGCAGCGCGACCGGGCCGCCGAGGCCAAGGAAAGGGAAAACAACGAGAAUUCCAGCUCCAACGGCCACAACCCGCUCUCCUCUUCCCUGAACGGCAACAAAGCGGUCUUGGGCAGCUCUGAAGACGAGAAGACGCCCUCGGGGACUCCGGAUCACUCCUCGUCCAGUCCGGCGUUGUUGCUGAAUUCGAACCCAGGCUUACAGCCGCUCCACAGCUUGGGCCACCCGCAGGGUCCUAGCGCCAUCCCGGUGCCCAGCGCGGACCCUCUGCACCACCACAGUUUGCAAGACUCCCUCCUCAACUCCAUGUCCUCCAACUUGGUCGACCUCGGCUCCUAAGAACCCAUUCGCACAGAGACGAAUUCGACCCGCUUGUGGCAUCCGCGAUGGUCUCCAAACCAGGAUUUCCCGCUCAGCUGUCCUCUGUAACAAAAAGCAUUUUUUAAAAAUCGAAAGGGAUGGCAAACUCUUCUUGUCACGCUUUGGAUCAGUCAGUAGCUGUCUGACAGGAGAGUGACUCUUUGGAAAGUUAUGAGUAAAUUCCAGACUUUGGUGACUGAUUUGGGGGAGGAAAGAUUUGGCAGAGAGGUAGGAGACUCCUCUUUAGGAAUUUUGUUUGCAAGACAAGCAGUGACUCCAGAGAGGACAGUGCAGAAACUCAUAAGGAAGGACGAGAACUAGCAGGUUCAGAGCAAGUUCAAUAGCCUUCUGGUAUCUGGCUGGACCCAGGCUUUGAGUAGUCAGUUUAUUAACUCAACUUGAUGUGCUGGGAUCAGCACAUGAAGCUUUUCCACACAUAAAAGUGGAAGGGGACUAAGAUCCCUUUCAUAUUACACAGUUAUAGCACGAUGGUUCCUCUUUAAUUGCCAUGGCCUGAGGCUUGUAGCUUGGUGAAGCACUAGAACCUUCUGGAGGAGAAUGUUAUAAAAUCAUAGAAUCACAGAGUUGGAAGAGACCUCAUGGGCCACCCAGUCCAACCCCCUACCAAGAAGCAGUAAAUUUGCAUUCAAAGCACACACACACACACACACACACCACAGAUGGCCAUCCAGCCUCUGUUUAAAAGCUUCCAAAGAAGGAGACUCUACCACACUCCAGGGCAGAGAGUUCCACUGCUGAACAGCUCUCACCGUCAGGAAGUUCUUCCUUUUGUGUGCCUUCAAGUUGCUUCCAACUUAUGGCAACCCUAAGACAAAGCUAUCAAGGGGUUUCUUGGCAGGAUUUGUUCAGAGGAAGUUGCCUUUGCCUUCCUCUGCGGCUGAGAGGAUGUGACUUACCCCAAGUCACACUGGGUUUCUAUGGUUGUGCAGGGAUUCAAAUCCAAAUUCCUCUCACCAAAUUGCCAAGGUCCAGGAUCCCAUAGGAUGGAACCAUGGUAGUGGAAGUGGAACUAUAGCACCAUUAAUUAUAUAGUGCAGUGGUUCCCAACCUUUGAUCCUCCAGGUGUUUUGGACUUCAGCUCCUAGAAAUCUUAGCCAUCUUACUAGCUGUUAGGAAUUGUGGGAGCUGAAGUCCAAAACACCUGGACCAAACAUUGGGAACCACUGAUAGUGUGAAAGGGCCCUAAAAUUCAGGGCUGUUUUCAUAGAACCAUAGAAUCAUAGAGUUGGAAGAGACCUCAUGGGCCAUCCAGUCCAGAUGACCAUCCAGAUGACCAUCUGUCUGGGGUGCUUUGAAUGCAAUUUUCCUGCUUCUUGGCAGGGGGUUAGACUGGAUGGUCCAUGAGGUCUCUUUUUAGACCUGAACUCCCCCAUUCUCCUUGACUGCCAUUUUUUGGCAAAAGGAAAAAAAAGGAGAAGAAUAGCAAGAAAAUAAAAUGGUGGGGAGUGAGAGAGAAAAAUAAUAAUCAGAUUGUAUUGUCUCUCCCCAGUGCUUCCAAGGUUCAAUGAGCUGUCCUUUAAAUUAGUCAAAUUGCCCUCUGUUGUGUGCUUUCAAAUCAUGUUUGGAUUUGUGGUAACCCUAAAACAAAACCAUCAAGUGGUCCUCUUGGCAAGAUUUCUACAAAACCAUCAAGUGGUCCUCUUGGCAAGAUUUCUACAAAGGGGGUUAUCAUUGCCAUCCUCUGAUGCUGAGAGCUUGUAUAGUGCCCAAGGUCAUCCACUGGAUUUCCAUGCCUGGGAGUACAUUUUGUUCUUUUCACCUAUCCUUUAAAGCUAUUUUCCCUUUUUGCUCAGCACACACAUGACUGGGCCCAUAACCCUUUGUUGGGGAAUCUGAGCUGUUAGGCUCAAAAAUAGCCCUCAGUUGGGGCAAUUCCAUCAAAAUAUAGCAGAUUUCUCAACAGAUUUGAACCUGGUCUGAGAGCCAGUGUAUGUAGUGGCUUGAACAUUGGAGUCUUAACUGUCGAGACCACCCCCCUUUCCGGGUUUGAAUUCUUAUUCUGCCAUGGAAACUCACUGGGUGACCUUAGACAAGUCACAUUCUCUCAGGAGGAGGAGGGCAGGGCAAACAAAUCUUCCUGAGAAAAUCCCAUGAUAGGUUUGAUAAGGUGGAAACAGUUGAAGGCACACAAUACCUCCUGGAGUCUUAGUCCAGCACUCAAACCACUAUUUGGUUCUCAAUGUUCUGUUCUUCUUGCACAUCAGCAAAUACCAGGGUUCUGGGAAGUGGACUUUUGCCCACUCUGGGGGUGUUUUUGGCAGGUCUUACACAUGCUGUGGUUCCCAGGGGGAGAAAAGUGGCCUCCAGAUCUGCCAAAGAAUUCCCUGUCCUAGAAUUAUCAUGGUUAGAAUUCAGAAAUUUGAUUCAAAGUCCACAGCCCUUCCUGAUGAUGGUGGAUUCCAUACAUCUAUUCAUCCUUUCCCAUUCUGAUAUAUUAAUCUUGCCACAAAUGUUACAGAACAAUGUGCAUGAUUUCCAGCUAGCAGGCAAUAAGCUGAGGUUGACAGGCUAAGCCAGGGGUCCUCAAACUAAGGCCCAGGGCCUGGAUCCAAGGUCAUUUACCCGGCCCUCUCUCAGGGUCAACCUAAGUCUGAAAUGACUUGAAAGCACACAACAACAACAACAACAACAACAAUCCUGUCUCAUCAACCAAAAGCAGGUCCACACUUCCCAUUGAAAUACUUAGAAGUUUAUAUUUGUUAAAAACAAUACAAUAACUAAAAUGAAGAACAAUUUUAAGUGUUUUUUUGCACUGUGCAUAAAUAUGUGCAGUGUGCAUAGGAAUUCAUUAAUGGUUUUUUCAAAUUAUAAUCCGUCCCUCCAACAGUUUGAGAGACUGUGACCUGGCUCUCUGUUUAAAAAGUUUGAGUACUCCUGGGCUAAGCCUUCUAGAGAGCAUAUAGUUCAGAAAGGCCAUAUAAAGCUGUAAAGGUAUGCAGACUUUGAAACUAUUGGGUUGCUAUGAGCUAUGUAUGGCCAUGUUCCAGAAGCAUUCUCUUCUGACAUUUCACCCACAUCUAUGGCAGGUAUCCUCAGAGGCUGAGGGGAGAUAAUACUUCUUGAACACAGCCAUACAGCCCAGAAAGCUCACAGCAACCCACUGAUUCCGGUCUUGAAAGCCUUUGACAACACUUUGGAUUUGUUACCUUUUUUGGACAGUAGUGCCCAGAUUCCC